AUGGCACAGCAAACGAGCGGGAAUGCCACACCGGAUCUGCCGCCGGCCAUGGCCGAGAUCAAGUCGCAGAGCGUCGAUGAAGUGUUGGCGGAGAUGAAUCGAAUGCCGUUGUUCAUGACCACUCUCGACGAGACCGACGGCGAAGGUGGUGAGAACAUGAUGCUGGAGGCGUUGAAGGCGAUCGCGUACGAAGGUACAAGGUAUGAGAUCGCAGAGAAUUUUCGACAGCAGGGCAACGAAUGCGCCAAAGCAAAGCAAUGGGCAGACGCAAAAGAGUUCUACGACAAGGCGAUAGCCGCGCUUAAGGGACCGCAGAGCAAGCCAGACCCAGAAGCGGAUGCGAAAGGCGGCAAGGUUAUCGAGGUCGAGCUUGACGAGGAAGAGGAGGCAAAAAAAGAGAAAGUUGUCGAGGAAGCAUGCUAUGUUAACAGAGCGCUGUGCAACCUGGAAAAGAGUAAGUUGCCAACUUUUGAUAUUUCGCUUCGAACGUUGUUUGUCCCAAAGGGCAAGAGCACGGAGAUCUGCCCUUGCAACGACACUGCAGCAACACCAGAAGAGGCAAAUGUCCAGUUACCAAGUCCCGUUUCUGGACAUAACUACCGCUCAUGCAUAAACGACUGCGCCUCAACCCUCCGCAUUAACCCCUCUAAUGUCAAAGCCUACUAUCGCUCCGGCACCGCCUGUCUCGCCCUUGACAAGCUCCCCGAAGCAAAAGACGCCUGCGAAUUCGGCCUGAAGCUCGACCCCAGCAACGCGCCCCUCAAAGCCCUCGCAGAAAAGAUCCAAAAACGCACCGACUACAUCGCCAAGGUCGAGACAGACCGGAUCGCAAGGGAGGAGAAGGCAGCAUCAGAGCGCGCGACAUUGGAUCUGGCCCUCAAAGCGCGCAAUGUCACCGUAAGAAGUACUGGCGAUGAGGCACCAGAUCUUGAGGAUGCAAAGAUCCAGCUCUCUAACCCCCUCGACCCGUCCUCCCCGCUCUCCUUCCCUGUUCUCCUCUUGUACCCCGCACACUCGCAGUCCGACUUCAUCAAAGCCUUCAACGAGCACCAGACGCUGCCAGAGCAUCUGGACUACAUCUUCCCGCUGCCCUGGGACGAGGAGAACGAGUACACGGUUGACGGCGUGGAGGCGUACAUGGAGACAGUGGCGGGCGGGCUGAUCAAGGUGGGCAAGAAGAUGGCAUUGCACAAGGUGUUGGGAAGUGGGAAGGUAGUUGUGAGUGAUGGGUUGGUGCGGAUGAGUGUGGUGCCGAAGGCGAAAAGUGCAGCCUGGAUUGAAGAAUUCAAGAAGAGGAGAGGUACUGCGGGCUAAGUGGACGUAGAUGGCUGAAAGUCUUGUUCCGAUGCUAAAGGAAUGAGGAAAGGACUAUCGCGAAUCAUAAUGAACGAGCAACAGAAUUGCUACAUAUGCACGAUAAGGAGAUGCUUUUGAUUGUGAUGUAUGUGUCAUAUGCAGGAUAUGCCGGAAGGGGUAUCUGAUGCUAGGCCUUCGCCCAUUGUAAAACGCCAUAGAGGAUUGAUCGGGUUACACCGUAUCAUGCUCACCCCGGAACUCCAGAUCUCGAUAACGACCUUGAUUGACUCCCGAACCCAAACUCGAGCAGAAGGGGAGCAUGCCGUACAGUCUGGUCAUGAAAUAUAAGGUCGCAACAAGAUGAUUAUUGAUAACAGCAUUUGUCGACAUGGACUUUGGCGUAUACAGGAUAAAGUCAUGC